AUGUGCAUACACGAACACACAACAUGCACAGUCAUGCACAAGCACACACACACUCACAUGCACACACACGCGCACACACACGUGGACACACCUUGCUGUCCUUGUUGGACUUGGCUUCACGUUUGAGUCCCCCGUGCGUGUGGAAAGCAUCUGGUGGAAUCCUGAUUUUAGAAAUCGGCUCCGACAGUCUCUCACUUGAUUCGAUUCUUGAGUCACAAUUCCGUAUUCACACAUUUACCUACUUACUAACUGCUCUGUAGCGCUGUCCGUCAGGGGUGCUGUCCUGGUGGUCCGGGUGCCCUUCCGCAUGCGUGUCUUAGCCGGGGUGGGCAAGGUGGCUGCCUGCCCCGGCCUCUGUGUGGUCUGUUCAGCGUCAUAUUCUCCCGUUUCCGUGCACUUUGGAAGGUCUUUCUUACUUAUUUCCCUCCGGUGGUUUUGCUGUCUCCAUGGCCAGGGGCACAGUAACGGCAGCCGGUGGUUCCAAGGCGAAGGGCUGCGUCUGCCGGAGGGGCUGUGUUACCUCUAGGCUGGCACGUGCCCCGGCGGGUCCCUGGGGAUGGGUACAGCAAGGUCCCCUCCUGGGAAGCCCAUAGUGUGGCCGUGCUUGCAGGGCCCAGCCUGGUCCUCCUGGCGUGGUGGCCCAGUGUUUGGGACUCGGCGCUCAGUGCCAGCAUGCGGUCGGCGGGCACUGACCCUGACAGCUUGGCUCCCCUGUGUCCACAGGGGACGGCUUGUCCCCACGGGCCUUGUGUGGCUCUUGACGUCUGUGCUGAGAGUCUCACGGCGCCUCUCCACGUGCCCCCUGGUGGCCACACACCUGCUCAUUCUGACUCACCUGAGCCAGCCUCGGUCCGCAGUGGCCCGUCCCCGCGACACGGUCCCGCCGUCCAUCAUGGUGGCCUGGUGGUGUCGCGCCCGCCAGCCCUGCCAUGGUCGUCGCUCUACCAAAGCUGUGACUUCUGAGGAACCUGAGGGGACCAGGGUGGACGUGCCUGUGGCCGGGUCCCAUCAGGCCUGCUCCACCCUUCUUCCCUGGACUUGAGCUGGCCCUGCCCGGCUCCCACUGCCCCACGCGCCUCCUUGAGCCUGGCGUCACACACGUGCUAGCCGUGUUUAGGCCACCCACAUGGCCCACGCUCUGAUCCACGGGCCUUUUAGUAAGUGGGGACAGGAGGGGGCAGGCGUGUCCGUCUGCCCCUGGUGACCUGGAGCGGCCUCCGUCACCACGUCUUGGCUCUCACCUGGGGAGUUCCCUGCCGUCACCUCUCAGCCUGUCCCUUAGGGACUAUGACCAGCCAGCUGGUGGCCUUUGGUGACCUGGGGGUCUUCACUCUGCCGCCGUGUCUGAGGGAGGGCUCCGAGGGCCAGGCUCUUGGUGGGUGGCGCCCUGAGAGCUGGGCCUUCCGGCCUCCCGAGCCUGGGGAGGAGCCCACUCCCCUGCGUCCCUCCCUGGCUCCCGCUGCUCUGGGGCCCUGGGACUUGUCUUUGGGCGUUUUCUGGGUUUGUCUGUGGAUCUUCUGGGUGUGACCGCCUUGGCCCUUGGCGUCCUGGGCGAGCAGUCGGCGUUUUUAUGGGUCCCGCCGGCUCUGCCUUCUGACCUGACUCCGCAGAUCUGCACCCGCGGAGGCAGAGAGGCCCGGCCUGCAGCCCGCUGGCCCCCAGCAGCCCGUGGAGCCCUGGGCCACAUCGGCAGACUGCGGCCAGCAUCACUGGGCCUGCCCUGGACACUUCAGACGUGGCAGAGUAGCAACCAUGGCAUGAAGAGCCGGGGCCCAUGACCAGAGCUCGGGGUGCUUGUCGGUCCUGAGCACUGGACGUGGUGGCCACCCCAGCCAGCAGCAGCCACAGGAAAAGGCCCCUGUGCUCCCAGACACGGCCACUAGAUACUGGGUGUGUGUCCCGAGGGGACGGGAGCUGCCCGCCUGGUGUUGUGGCGGCAGGGUGCUCACGGAGAUGAGCCAUGUCCUCUGCACGGGGCUGCAGGAGCCUGAUUCCUGCUGAGGAGGACUGUCCAGGCCCAAGGAGAGGGGCUGCAGAAGUGGAGGCCCAGCCCUCAGAGUCCCCCUCAUGUGCUGGGCCUGCCUCUGCUGCCCGCUGCCCGCAGCCCCAGGAAGACUUGCCCUCAGGCCUGCCCCGGAGACCAGCAGGCGUAAGCCCGCCCCAGGCUCCCUGGCCGCCAGCAGCACCAGCUCCUGCGUGGGCCGGGCCAGGCGCCGAGUGGACCUGUGCAGAGCAGGGCACCCGCAGCGCCUCAGGCCCAGACCCUGGGGCCUUAAGCCCACCCUCCCAGAGGGGGAACGUCUGUGCUCAGAAAGGAGCACUCCAAAGGGACAGGGCUCUGGGCCCCAGAGGGCCACUGCCUGCCACUGUCCCUGCACGAGGGCCCUUGGGCACCAUCAAAGCAUCUCCGCUGGUUUCCUCCAGGGACAAACACAGCUCAGGACCGCGUGCACACGCUGGCCCGGGCACGCAGAGACGCAGCCUGGCGCCAGGCCACAGCAGGAACAGGAAGUCUUCCCUCUGCCUGGCCAGGGGACAAACAGCAGGAGUAUAAAGGAGGGAGCCGCGGCCACUCACCCACAUUCACCCACCCACACGCCCACACACCCACACACCCUCCUCCAGCACACCCAACAUGGCCGCCUCCACCAUGUCCGUCUGCUCCAGCGACCUGAGCUAUGGCAGCCGCGUCUGCCAGCCCGGCUCCUGCGAUUCCUGCCCCGACUCCUCCUGGCAGGUGGACGACUGCCCAGAGAGCUGCUGCGAGCCCCCCUGCUGCGCCCCCAGCUGCUGCCAGCCCAGCUGCUGCGCCCCAGCCCCCUGCCUGUCCCUCCUCUGCACCCCAGUGAGCUGUGUGUCCAGACCCUGCUGCCAAUCAGUCUGCACCAGCUCCUGCACCCCCUCCUGCUGCCAGCAGUCUAGCUGCCAGUCUGAUUGCUUCAGCUGUUCCCCUUGCCAGCCGUCCUGCUGUGUGUCCCUCUGCUGCAAGCCCGUCUGCUGCAAGCCCGUGUGCUGUGUGCCCCUCUGCUCUGAGGCUUCCUCCUCCUGCUGCCAGCAGUCUAGCUGUGAGCCCUCUUGCUGCUCCUCUUCCCCCUGCCAGCAGUCCUGCUGUGACUGUGCCUCCUCCUGCCAGCCCAGCUGCUGCCGCCCGGCCUCCUGCGUGUCCCUGCUCUGCCGCCCCACCUGCUCCCGCCCGGCCUGCUGUGGUGUCUCCUUGGGCCAGAGGUCCUGCUGCUGACCACCCAUGUCCCCAGGCCAGCGGGCCCAGGGCCCACCCUCCAGAGUAACCCUGGCCAACCCUGACUCCCACAGGACUCACGGGACCCUGGCCCACUCUGGACCUCUUUGCCUGGAGCCCCUGCCCCUCAGGUUGGCAGUGCUGAGCCUGGGCAGCCUGGCGACCCCCGUGUGGCGUGCCCUCUGGGCGUGGGUGGUCUGCCCUGCCCUCCUCCUGCCCCGCUGGAGGCAGUGACCGUCAGCAGCGUCCCCCCUGGAGACCUGCUUGCACAUCUGGGCCAAUGGUGGGAGCUUGGGCGUGGUGUGGGGUGGGCUGACUUGGGAACCUGGUCUGUGUCCAGGGUGACCGCACCCGCAGGGCUGCUGUCCCCUCCCCUGCUGGCCUCCACUCAGGGAAGCCUGCCCCUAGGAGACCCGGGUACCUCCAUGCGGCUGCACAGUCAGGGACAGAGGCCCGCCUGCCCGGCACGCCUGCUCUGCGCGUCCCUCCUCACCUGGCCCCACUGAGUGUCCUCCUCCAGGAACCCCCGCAUCCUGGCAGCACCCUGGUCUCUCCCCCUUUGUCCUCUGCCCACUCUGCGUCUCCUGAGUGGCCCUGUCUCACUGAGUCAAAUAAACCUGGCGGCCCUGA